CGGGUUAGAGUUGAGAAAAUAUUGAUGGUGGCCACAUGCUUGUCGGAGCAGCAGUGGCAGUGUAGUUAUGAACUAAAUAACUGAAAUCUAACAGCAGCCACUGAAAACCGUGCAGAAUGAAGGACACACCGUUGUCAAACUGUGAGCGGGAUUUCCUGCUCAAAGCCAUCGAAGAAAAAAAGCGCUUAGAUGGACGACAGACCUACGACUACAGGAAGAUGAAGAUCACAUUUGGGACCGACUAUGGAUGCUGCUUUGUGGAUCUGGGAAAAACCAGGGUCAUGGCCCAGGUGUCAUGUGAGCUGGUGGCUCCUAAAGAAAAUCGACCAAACGAGGGAAUCAUGUUCUUCAAUAUUGAGCUGUCACCAAUGGCCUCACCAGCAUUUGAACAAGGCAGACAGUCUGAGUUGUCAGUGAAGUUAAACAGACAGCUGGAAAGAUGCUUGAGGAACUCCAAGUGCAUUGAUACUGAGUCCCUGUGUGUUGUGUCUGGGGAGAAGGUGUGGCAGAUCAGAGUGGACGUUCACAUGUUGAAUCAUGACGGGAACCUGAUGGAUGCUGCCAGCAUUGCUGCCAUCACUGCUCUGUGCCACUUCAGACGUCCUGAUGUGGGCAUCCAGGGAGAUGAAGUCACAGUGUACAGCCCAGAGGAGAGAGAUCCUAUUCCUCUGAGCAUCUACCACAUGCCCAUCAGUGUCAGCUUCUCCUUUUUCCAACAAGGAACUUAUCUGCUGGUGGAUCCUUGUGAACGGGAGGAGCGAGUGAUGGACGGCUUGCUGAUGAUUGCUAUGAACAAACACAGAGAAAUCUGCUCCAUUCAAUCCAGCGGAGGUAUCAUGUUGCUUAAAGAGCAGGUUAUGAGAUGCAGUAAAAUAGCCAGUGUCAAAGUUUCUGAAAUCACAGAACUCAUCGGUAAAGCCCUGGAGAACGACAAGAAAGCAAGGAAGGCAGGUGGUAGGUGUGGUUUUGCAGAGUCUAUGCCUCAGGAGCGAAUCACAGCACUAAAAAUGGAUGAGACUCCAGUGGAGAUGACAGAUGUGACAGACAGAGUCGAUGGUAUCGUCCAGAAAGAAGAGGCCCCACCUCAGAUGGUCCCUUCCCCAGUGGUGCCCGUCCCAGGAGUGGGUCAGGUAGGACAGGGGCUGCAGAACACAUGGGGACUGGAGGAGGAGGAGGAUGAAGAGGAAAAGGAGGAAAAUGACAACAAUGGUGAAGAACAAGUGGGAAAAUUAACAAAGAUGGAGGAGGAACCGUACAAAAAGGAGAACACCAGAGGAGGAGAUGUGGUGGAGAUAUCUGACAGUGAAGAGGAGGAAGUGGUCAUACUUCAUCCAGAGACACCAGACAAAGCUCCUAAAAAUACAGGAUCCAGUUUUCAACAGAAGGGGGCAGCAACAUCAAAGAAAAGACAGAAAAAAUAAAAGAAGGCUCUGCUGGAGCUCCCACUCAGAGACCUGCAUAUCUACAGUAAUGUCACACACUGCAGCCACUCUGCCGAAUAAAGACUCCUGUCCUGGCUUAAAUGAUUCCUACCUGCUAAAGCUGAGAAAUGGGAAUCAAAUAGAUGCUACAGUAAAGAAAUACUUCCAAGUGUUGGAUUUUUACACUGAGAACAUGAAGACUGUUUCUUGUUUGUGGUGAUUUGGAUCGAUGUAAAAACAGGCUGCAUUUACCAGUGUGUAAAAAAUUAUCUUUUUUUUUUUUUUUUU